CCUCAGCCCACGUGGCCUGUCAGUCCUGCAGGAAGCUGGACCACAGACUAUAUAAAAGUCCCCACCUUGCUUGGCUCUGCAAUCCAGACCCUUGGUUGAAUCUUGUUGAAGACAGGUAAGAUUCUGCAAGUCACCCUGAAAUGUCCUUCAGUGACCAGCAAUGCAAGCAGCCAUGUGCCCCGCCUCCAUGUCUUCAAAAGACCCAAGAGCAGUGCCAGGCACAGGCUGAGGAGGUGUGUCUACCCCUACGCCAGGACCCCUGCCAAGCACAAGCUCAGGAGGUAUGUCUUCCUCAGUGCCAGGAAUUAAGCCAAGAAAAUUGCCCACAGCAAGGCCAAGAUCCAUGCUCACCUCCAUGCCAAGACCAAGGUCUGCCUCAGUGCGAGGAACCAUGCCAGGAGCUUGCCCAGACAAAAUGCGUGGAGGUUUGCCCACAGAAGUGCUCAUCCCCUGGCAAGGGAAAGUAGGUGCUCGUAUGCCAUCUGGGGUCAAGAAGAUGGCCAACUGAUGAAUCCCAGCCCCUGCUCUGGUGACCUUUUCCUGUGGGUAUCCCUGUGUACAAUAUACCUUCUUGCCUUCUGGCUUCCUCAGUAUUCCAGGACUCGGUCUGUGUCUCUGAAGACAGGUCUCUCCGAAUUUCAUCAACCUCUGUGAAUAAGUAUUGUUCUCAGCAGUCUGGUGGAAGGUCUCAAAUGUAGAAUGGUGUGGUUAACAAGGAACACCACUGAAACCAAGCACAGCACCUUUGAGCCAAAAAUUCAUCUAACCCUGAGUGUGUUAUGACCAAGGACUCCUUUGUCUUUCAUUAUGUCAGACACUCAUUCAAGCCUCGAAACAAUUUAAAAAUGAUGGACUUUGCAUUUAUCAUCACCACCACUACCAUGGUGUCCAGAAGAAGAAGAGGUUAAUGGUGGUUCAAAGAGCAAAAAUUUAAUCAUUUUAUCUCUGCAUCCUAAUAGCAAAUGGUUGAACAUUGGAAUGUUGGGUGUGUUUUUUAAAAAAGAAACAAAAGUAUGUAAAUGAUUAAAUCCAAACAGCCCAUAAAGAAAUACAAAUGGGAUGUUUGGGUCCUUGUCAAUCUUUGUGCUUCAUAGCAGGUCUGUUUGGGGCCCUUAAUUUUCACCAUGUAUACUCUUUAGAGAUGUGAUUUGUGUCUCUGAGAUAUAAGCUGGUCUGCUCUCCAGCUUCCUCACCUUCUUCU